AUGGUUUUCGCCAGCUCCCAGCACCAGUUUGUAUUCUCUCCCCUUCGAUGGGGAAGAAUCCACCUUCACGCUCAUGGGGCUCAAAAGCAAUGCGCCUCCAGUAGCACGUUGUCACAUGAAAAAGAAAAUGGUGAAUGGCAUUCAGGCAAACACUCCAAAAAAGAAAGAUCAACAUUGAUAUACUGGAAUUCAUUAUGGAAACGAGUUUCCGCAGAUAUGAGACCUUGGAUGUCCGACUCGAUGCAAGACUUGGACGAGGAAGACGACGAUACACUUGAAAACAUACCAACGUGCUAUGACAUACCGGUCGAUACGAAGUUACAUUACUAUCUUCGACAACAAACGAGCCAGCGAGACACAAACAACAUGACCACGCAAAACACUGCCAUUGCACCCAAAAAAAAACGAACCCUAGCAUCUCAAGAACACCAUUCCGCUGCCAUGAGCAGUCUACGAAAAUUAAAUGAUUCCCAUCGAACAUUACGUGAAAUGAUUCAUAUCAAUCAAGUGCUACGCAGAGUGCAAGAGGACGAGGACCAUAUCCGUGAAAUGGAAAGGUACAAAAUUCAAAAGAUGGAACAGGAUCCAUAUGUUGUCAGCACCGUGGCCGCAAAGCGAAACAUACACAACUUGGAUGGUGAAACGGGAAGACUACGCCCAAGCUAUGUCCAACAAACAAUGAUCACGACUGGGAUCCGAUGA